GAUCUUUAUCCUUUCUCUAAAAGUCACCUUUUUCAUUCCUUAUUUUAAAUGUCCACUGAACGUACUUUUAUUGCCAUCAAACCUGAUGGUCUUCAACGUGGUUUGGUUUCUGAAAUCAUCUCUCGCUUUGAGCGCAAAGGGUUUAAAUUGGUCGGUCUCAAGUUGCAUCAAGCCACAGCUGAAGAAGCUAGGGGCCACUACAUUGACCUUGCUUCUAAACCUUUUUACAAUUCUCUUGUGGAAUACUUUUCUUCUGGCCCGAUUGUCGCGAUGGUAUGGGAAGGGAAAAAUGUGGUGAAUAUGGGUCGUGCGAUUCUUGGUGCCACUGACCCUUCUGUUGCGCUUCUUGGUACCAUUCGCGGAGACCUUGCCAUUGAUAUUGGUCGCAAUGUGUGCCAUGGCUCUGAUUCUGUCAAAACUGCAAAUCGGGAGAUUGCUUUCUGGUUCAAACCAGAAGAAAUUAUCAGCUGGACAUCUCAUUCCUCCUGUCAGAUCUACGAGUAGGAUACUUUAAAUAAACUUAUAUAAUCUUAUGUAAUAAUUUUUAUUACUCAGGAAAAAAAUCGUGAAAUAUUUUCUUUAUGAUUUUUUCUGUGUUAUUAUACAAUUAUAAAUUGUCGCUCAAUAUAAAAAUAAAAGGGAAAUUAAAUGCUCGUGAACAACGAACAAUUGUAAUUCUUGCUACGACACCAUACUUUUUUAUUUACGUGCG